AUGCAUUUUCUAGCACAGGUAAACUUUAAGAGGGAGUUGACCUACCCCAUCUGCCUGGAGCUUCUGACAGAGCCCCUGAGCCUGGACUGUGGCCACACCUUCUGCUGAGAUUGCAUCACUGCAAAGAACAGGGACUCCCAAGGAGGGGAGAGCAACUGUCCUGUGUGCCAGUGCAAAUAUCAGCUUCAGAAUCUCUGACCUAACCACCCUCUGGCCAGCAUUGUGGAGAGAGUCAGGGAAAAUAGGAGCCCACAGAAGAAAAAGUUCUGUGAGAAUCAUGGAAAAACACUCUGUGUCUUCUGUAAGGAGCAUGGGAAGGCUGGUUGCCAGCACACUGCAGUGUCUCAGGAGUAUCACGGUCAUCAUAUAUUCCUCACAGAGAAGGUGGUCAAGGAAUGUCAGGAGAAACUCCAGGCAACUCUGAAGAAGCUGAGGAAGGAGCAGCAGAAAGUAGAAGAGCUUGAAGUUGACAUCAGAGAGGAGAGAGAUUCCUGGAAGAAUCAUAUGCAGACUGAGAGACAAAGGAUUCUGAAAGAGUUUAAUGAAAUGAAAGGCCUCCUGGACAGCAAGGAGAAGAGGGUGUUGCAAAAGCUGGAGGAAGACAAAGUAAAUGUGUUGGAUAACUUGGUAGUGGCCAGAGACCAGCUGGACUGGCAGAGGCAGUACUUGAGAGGGCUCAUCUCACACAUUGAGCAUCAGAUAUGGGGGUCCUCAGAAGACAUGAUGCAGGAUUUGAUUAAUGUCAUGAGAAGGAGUGAGAGCUGGAUUUUGAAGAGGCCAAACAUUGUUUCCAAGAAACCGAAGAGUACAUACCAAAUUCCAGAUCUGAAAGGGACACUGCAAGUGUUUAAAGAGCUGACAGAGGUUCAACGCUACUGGGUGGACGUGAUGCUGAAGCCAGUCAAUGCUAUUUUGAAUAUUACCAUUUCUGCAGAUAAAAGACAGGUAAAAGGCAUACAAGAUUUCUCUCUUCAAAAUAUACAUCUAUGUAGUUUCUCUCUUUUUGAUGUCUUGGGUUGCCAGCAUUUCUCCUAAGGGAAGUAUUACUGGGAAGUAGAUGUGUCUGAGAAGAUCGCCUGGAUCCUGGGGGUGCACAGUAAAGCAAGAAGCCCCAAGAGAAAGGGGAGUUCUGGGUUUGUUUUUGAUCCGAAUGUAUAUCUUCCAGAUGUUUGCUCCAGAUACAACCCUCAAUUUGGCUACUGGGUUAUUGGGUUACAGAAUGAAUCUGGUUAUAAGGUUUUUGAGGAGUCUUCCACCUUUGAUCCCAAGGUCUUGACUCUUUGCAUGACUGUCCCUCCCCGUAUUGGGGUUUUCCUAGACUAUGAAGCAGGCAUUGUCUCAUUUUUCAAUAUCGCAAACCAUGGGUCACUCAUCUACGAGUUUUCUAGAUGUCAGUUUUUUCAGACUACUUAUCCAUAUUUUAAUCCUUGGAAUUGUCCAGUCUCCAUCAUCCUGUGCCCACCAAGCUCCUGA